AUGUCAAACUUGCAGUAUUACUCGUAUCCGGGAGCCGGCGAUUGGGGUCGCGAGACCAUGCACUACAGCCAAGCAGUUCGAGUAGGAGACGUCAUCCACCUCUCAGGUCAAGGUGGCUGGGAUCCCUCUACCGUUGAAGUCAAGCCGAACCUACUCGAAGAAGUUGACCAAGCUUUCGAGAACGUCGACUACGCCUUGAAGUACGCUGGAGGUAAAGGCUGGUCCCAGGUAUACCGAGUGACCACGUACUGCACCGAUAUCCAAGCUGUUCAUAACCGCAUCGUCGAGAAUUUCCGACGCUGGAUGCCCAACCACGAGCCAACUUGGACGACGAUUGGCGUCGCGAAGCUUGGUCUCGACACUAUGCACAUUGAAGUCGAGGUCCAAGCUUACGACCAGGAGGGCGCCGCGGCCGCGAAGAAGGAAUGA